UAUCGCCUUACCUCACGCAUUGUAAUAUUAUUGACGAAGGCCAUCGUCAUUCCGUUGAUAAUCUGAAAGUCGUAUUUUAUAGUGGUUUGUAAAGCAAUUCUAUACACUGCCAAAACAGACAUGACUGCGCCGGGCAAGCUAUCCGUUGCUGUCGUCUGUUCAUCGAACAUGAAUCGCUCUAUGGAAGCGCACAAUUUCCUAGCCAAAAAGGGCUUCAACGUGCGCUCCUACGGCACCGGUGAACGGGUUAAGCUGCCCGGCCUCGCAUUUGAUAAACCCAAUGUUUAUGAAUUCGGCACCAGCUACGAGGAAAUUUAUCGCGAUCUAGAGGCUAAGGACAAAGAAUUUUACACGCAGAAUGGUUUGCUGCAUAUGCUCGACCGCAAUCGUCGCAUCAAAAAGUGCCCCGAACGAUUUCAAGAAACCAAAGAACAAUUUGAUAUUAUAAUUACGGUAGAGGAGCGUGUUUACGAUUUGGUUGUGAUGCACAUGGAGUCGAUGGAGUCGGUUGAUAAUCGUCCCGUUCAUGUGCUAAAUGUGGAUGUCGUUGACAAUGCCGAGGAUGCGCUAAUGGGUGCCUUUUUAAUAACGGACAUGCUUAAUUUGUUGGCGAAAUCGAACGAUAUCGAUAAUGAUAUCGAUGAAAUGAUACAAGAAUUUGAGGAGCGAAGAAAUCGUGUGAUUCUCCAUUCUGUGCUUUUUUACUGACAGCCGAAGACGUUUGGUAACGGUACUUUUCCAAACAAUCACCCGCGUUCCACACUCGAUCAACGCAAUCGAUGUGCUUAUCGAUACGUUAAGAUUUGUAAAUAUGAUGAGCGGAUCGAUCAGAAAUGUCCACACUGCAUGCCUACAAACAACUAGGACAAACCCACUCACAACAAGAAGGUCGAAUUUCAAAAAAAAAAAAAAAAAAAAAAAAAAACCAAAAAAAUUAAAAAAAAAAACAAAAAUAAUUAUGCAAUAAAAUUGUAAUAUGUGUUUACUGCAUGUGCUAUGCAUACAUUCAUAAUAUAUAUAUUUAUAGGAGAUAUGUAUGUAGCAAUAUAUAUAUGUAUAUACAUAUGUAUAUUCAAUGCGGUUUUAGACUGUUAUCCUACACAAAACACGUGCAAAACUGAUUGUUUGUAAUUUUUUAUAUGAUGUUCUCAACGUUUAUUUCUAGUUUGAUUGUAAAUAUAGAUCACUGAACUAUUUCGAUUAUUGGCAUUUGUACA